AUGCAUCAUACCUCUACUAGUAUUGACUAGUUAUUUUUGAAUUCUGUCUCUGAAACUUUAAAUAUGAACACACAUGACUGUGAAUUUAUACUUGAACUUGAGUUAAUAUAAAUAUAUUAUAAAUAUUCACCAUUAUACUUCAUCUAAUUAUAUAGUAAUAUUUCAGUUGUGUGAGAGAGAAAUGUGAUUUUUACUAAUAAAUCUUAAUGUUCAAUAUGAGUCAACAGAGAUUUAUGGCUAGUUUUUGAUAUGUUGAGUUACUGAUGUUUAACAUGACUAAAGGAGACAGACUAUAACCUUUGGUUUCACAGACUUAACCCUAGUGUCUAGACUAAAACACAUGUUUGAGCUGACUCAACUGAAAAUAACUUACACGUAUAGAUCUUAAAAUAAACCAGUCUCAUUGAUUUAUCUCAAGAUACACACCAGUAACAUCUUUAAAAGAUGCUUAAACAUUGUAAUUUAACAAAGGCCUAAGUUAGUCCUGACUUCAGCUAAGCCGUAUCUGACAUAAAUCGAUUGCUGCCAUUUCUUCUCCUCAAAUAUUCAUAAGAAAAUAAUAAAGCGUCGUGUGAAACUGUAAAUCCCAGAAUGCCUUGCGCUCGUGUAUUAAAUACGUGGACUUUAUUUUUUAAUUCAGUUUGAUUUUUUUACCUUUGAUUAUUAUGGAGAACAAACUUCUUCACGAUGGAAGUUGACACUCUGUGACGCUGUUGAUGCGUUGCUAUGGUGAAUCGCACUUCCGGUGAAUGAUCAUCAUGGAUGGUUAUGAUCUGAUCCGUCAGAUCGGACGCGGUGCGUUUGGACGCGCGCUGCUGGUCAGACCCAAAGACGCAGAUCCCGCGCUUUUCUACGUCAUCAAGGAGAUCAACCUGAGACAGAUGUCCACGCGGGAUCAGGACGCCUCCAGAAAGGAAGUGAUUGUGUUAUCUAAGAUGAGGCAUCCAAACAUUGUUAGAUUUUAUAAAUCAUUUUAUGACAGGAAUCAUCUUUACAUACUGAUGGAAUAUUGUGAUGCUGGGGAUCUCAUGAACACAAUCAAAAUGCAAAAAGGACGAGCGUUUACAGAGCAACAGAUCAUAGACUGGUUUGUUCAGAUCUGUCUGGGCCUGAAGCACAUUCAUGACAAAAAAGUUCUUCACAGAGACAUCAAAACACAGAACAUCUUUCUGACUGAUGGAGGACUGAAGGUCAAACUGGGAGACUUUGGUAUUGCGAGAAUGUUGAACAGCACAAUGGAGCUGGCCAGAACUUGUGUUGGGACUCCAUAUUACCUGUCUCCAGAGAUCUGUGAAAACCAACCCUACAACAACAAAACGGACAUCUGGUCUCUGGGAUGUGUACUUUAUGAACUCUGUACACUUAGACAUCCAUUUGAAGGCAGUAAUUUAAGACAGUUGGUUUGGAGGAUCUGUCGAGGACGCUACGCUCCAGUCUCUGAGCGCUAUAGCACUGAACUACGACUUCUACUAAACCAUCUGUUUAAGAUUAAUCCUCGUGACCGUCCGUCAGUUAACUCGCUCCUCAAACAGCCGUUAUUACAGCUGCACAUCAGAAAACACCUGGAGACACAGUUGUUAAAGGAGGAGUUUAGUUACGAUGUUUUACACAAACCAGCAGCUCAACCUAAAGCCACAAAUUAUAAAGAUGAGAUGAGUGAAGCUGACGGUGUCCUAAAUCCUCCAGAUCAGAGACAUCCACCUGCACAACAAUACAACGCUCAUAAUCAUAAAAUAAACCUUCAUUGUCCUGCAGCGGUUGAAAGCCCGGCUGUGAUUGGUGCCGCACACAGAUGUGACGGUCCGCUCCGACCCUACAAGCAUCACUGCGCUCGUCUGAACCCGCUGCAGGCUCAAGCACACAUCCGUCAUCUCGCUGAUCCACAGAAACCUCUGGACAACGCUCCAAUUGACGCUCUGCAGCCCUAUCAGCUCGUGGCAGCGGCGAGAGAUGAGUUCCUGCAGAGGAGACGAGAAGCCCAUCAGUAUAAACUCAGAGCACAAAAACAGCUGGGUCUCAGGCCGUCCACAGCAGAUGAUGAGAGGAACGCCAGGUCUGAACCACAGGAACAUCAUGAGAGGAAAACACCUCACAACCCAAAACUACAGAUUGAAGAGGAAUAUCUGAAACAGUUACAGCGAAUCAGAGAGCAGUAUCAUGAUGACAUCAGAGAGCUACCCCAGAGAUCAGACACUGAGGAGAUUUCAAAGGCCACAUCAGACCUGAAGCAGCGUCACAGGAACAAACAACAGAAAGGAAUCAUGUUUGAGAUCAAACUAACUGAUGAAAAGACACAGAUGAGAUCAGAACGAGACUUAAGUUCUGCUGAGGAGGAUCCACUGAAUAAAACACUGAAUAUCUGCAUGAGAAAAGAUUCAGACGGGUCAGAGAUCAAACCUGAAGCUGAAGAGAUGAAGAGAGCUGAGUGGUGCCGAGACGCGCCUGAGACUUUACUGAACGCUCUUCAAUGUAUGGAGGUGAUGUCACACAACUCCAGCGUAUCUGAGAGUCACACGGUUUCAGGAGAUCAUGAGAGGAAACAUUGGACUAAAGGUCCUCCUGAAACUCUACUUCACGCUCUGUCUGAAGCUCAGCUCAUCUCCUCCAGCACAGGGACACUGAAGAUGCUGGAUGAGGAAGAGGGGCGUGAAGAUGAAUCUGACGUUGAGCCGGAUGAAAAUCGUCUGGAGCCUCGGUCAGAUGAUGAGGAUACGAACUUUGAGGAUUCGGAGGACGAGCUGAGACAGCAGGUGUCAGACUCCAUGAGGAAUCUCCUCAGCACACAGGACGUGGAAAAGGAGGAACAUCAGGAGGUGUUUGAGGAGAACAGGGCUAUAGUAAAAUAAAUCUCAUCUCAUUCUCUUGUGUCAGCGUUCAGCUGGGUUACAGUCAUGAAGUGAGUGACAGUAUGUUGAUUAUCUUAUUUGAAUAUGUUAGAUGUGUCACGUGAAGAACUGUGAAGAACUAUAAACAUACUGGGCCUCAUUUAUCAGCAACAGUAAAAACUGUGUGUACGUACGGUUGUUUCCACACAAGACUUGGCAUUUAUCAAUGUGGACGUGAGCGGUGCCUACCAUCAAAUCUCACGUCAGGUUUCACCUCUCGUACACAAGUUUUGAGUUAGCAUGGAGAUGUUGCUCUGCAUGGUUGGGUUGGUUACGUGUUUCUUCAUGUGAAUUCCAGGGGCGAGGCUUCAUUUAUAUGGGCAAAUAUUCAAAUUAGUAUAGUUUUCAUCAGCCACAUAAAUCAAUGGACGAUCAUUCAUAUGAUGAGAUAUACAAAUGUUUCAUGAAUCACACGUGAACUCUGUCUUCAGAUGAUAUUUGCCCACAGAUCUGCGCUUGUUUCUAUGUUAGAGAAAUAAAUGAGGCCCAAUGUAUGUUAGUGCUGCUUCCUAACAAAACUUUAGGGAAUUUGUGGAAAAGUUUCAGCUCUGACUCGUCAUAAAAAAAAUGUUGUUAGGUUUUUUUAAUGUUGUUUUUACAAAAAAUCAUCAGACACAUAAACCUUCAUUUAAUUAUUUAUGGCUUAUCUUUAGUCAUAAGAAUACAAAUGAUUUUUAACAUAUGGGUCAGUUUUCAAGACAGGGUUUAGAUUAAUCCAGGACUAGACUUUAGUUACAUUUAAGUAGUUUUUACAAACAUACCUUAAAAAAACAAUAAUGAUGUACAUCAGAAUGACAAAACAAUGGCAGUGAUAUAUGUUAAGACGCAUCAGUGCAAGAUGUUUUUAAAUUAACUCUUUCCCCACCAGCGCUUUUUUUUUAAGUUGCUGUGUGUUAUUUUUUUACAAACUUUUCACUAAAGUUUAAUGCCUUCCAAAAAACUAUCAUCUUUAAAUUUAUAAACAUACAAUAUAUCAAAUGAAAGAACAGCACCUCUCCUUUUGAAACUCUGCACUUUUUAUCACAUUUCAAAUAUGGGUAGGUUUCUCCAAAAUUGCCAAAUUUUGAACAAAAACUGAGAUGAUUGCAUUUGUGAAGGACAAAACGUACACAGAGUUUUUACUCAUCAAUGGUGGUGAAAGAGUUAAGGCAGUUCAAACUAAACUUAAGACCUCUCUGGGAAACAGUUUGUUUCUAGACCGGGUCUGUUUGCUGUGACAUGAACUAUUAUUGGAUCUGUUAUGUAGUAAAUGUGUAUUAUUCUCAUCACAGCUCUUAAUCCUCUGUUUGUGAUUGGUUGUCUCUCAAUAUCUGAUCACAUGACGACACAAGCGAUUAUAGCCAUUAUAACAGUAAAAAGAAACUUUCAAUCAAAGUUUAUCACAACAAUUUGUUUCUUUGUUGUGUGUAUUUUAUUCUAAUCUUAUAAAUACACAGUGUCUGUUAUAAAAUAGAGAAAUGGAAAAUAUGAAGAAAACUUGUUCAAGUAUUUCAUCUUCUGAAUCAGUGUUUAAGUUUCAGUCCUUUCACAAUGUUUUUGAUGCCUCUCUUUAUAUAAAUAAAACACCUGAUUAAAUCCCUCAGCAAUGACAAAUGAUCUUCAUUUAAACCCAACCUGGUAAAGCUAAACCACGCAGAUCCAACAAACUCCACCAAAACAUCAUCAUUAGAUUGAAUGAGUUUGUUGUUGUUGUCUGUUGGAUUUGUUGCGUUGCAAGUUAAUGAAGAUCAACAACUAUUAAACAUGUUGAUCUGAUGAGUGUUUCAGAUGGGUCGCAGCGUUGCCUCACAGCAAGAAGGUCACGGGUUUGAGUCCCAGCUGGGUCAGGUGGUCUUUCUGUGUGGAUUUUAUGUCUUCUUAUGUGUGUGUCAGCGUGGCUUUACUCUCACAGGCCAAAAAUAUACAGGUUGUGUGAAUUAAAGAUAUAAACCAUUAGGGUAUAAUAACACAGCAGUUGGGUUAAAACAACUCAGUAUUGGGUCAUUUUUAACUUGUUCUGUCCACUAUUUACCCUUUAAGGGUCAAAAAUAACUCAGACAUUUUUAGUGUAUGAAUUAACUUGUGUAUGGAUUAACUUGUGUAUAUACUAACUUGUGUAUGGAUUAACUUGUGUAUGGAUUAACUUGUGUAUGGA